AAACUAUCAAUCAACUCGAUUUUAUUAAAAUAACCCAAUUUUAUAAUGUCUCUAAUUGACGAUUUUAUUGAAAAUUCCAACGAUGCAUUACAAUCAUAUACUGCCAAUAAUAAUAGUUUCUUGGAUGCGGAGGGUUUUGAGCAAACUGAUCCAGUUAUGUUAGAAACAGGGUUUGUUAGUACUGGUUUAGCUAAGGACGACUCAGAGAUAUUUUCUCUUGAUCUUGUUCAAUUUCAAUUUCCUGCUCCUUUAGUAGCAAUGUCGGUAUCCAAUGAAAUUCUUGUAAUGGCGUUGGAAACGAAUCAUAUAUUGAGAAUUGAUUUGCAGCAAGCUCAUGAUGUAGAAGAUAUUGAAAUCCCACGAAAAUCGGAAGUGAAGAUUUAUAAAAUAUUCUUUGACCCAACCGGUCGACAUUUACUCAUAACAACGGAACAAGGAGAAAAUUUUUAUUUAUUUGAAAAGUGGAAAAAGGCUAAAGUUCUCUCUAAAUUUAAGGGCAUAAUAAUUGAGUCCGUUGGGUGGAACAGAUUUAACGGAUCUUCAUCGGAUACUUCUACAAAGAAAAUUCUUAUUGGAAGCCGUAAUGGGAUGAUAUUUGAAGCUGAGAUUGAGCCAACGGAUGAAUUUUUUAAAAAAGAAGAGAAAUUUUGCAAACAGGUUUAUUCAUUAAAUAGGAAUGUUCCUAUUACCGGCCUUCGCAUCGAACAAUUUCCUGCAACAACACGAAAAUAUUUAAUAGUAGCUGCAACGCCAACUAGACUAUACCAAUUUAUAGGAAAUGCAACUCCAUCAAAAGAUGAUGAGGUAGCUUCGAUGUUUGAGAACUUAUUUGCUAGCUAUGCAAUAAAUCCAGUAUUUCAGGAGCUUCCCGGAGAUCUUACUUACAGUGAAUUACAGUUUUAUUCUCAAUAUCAAUAUCAAGAUUUACAUUAUCAAGGAACAGCCAAAAAUUUUGCUUGGUUAACAGGCCCAGGUAUCUAUCACGGAAGUCUUGUAUUUGGUUCACAAGAUACUGGCGAUAGUGUCAUCGAUAGCGCAAAACUACUUCCAUAUCCAUCUACAGCAAAUAAUGAUUCAACUGCGGUAGCUGAAUUUCCCUUAUCAAGUGCUCUUACCGAGUUCCACUUUAUUUUGUUAUAUAAGGAACGUGUAAAAGCAAUAUGUCAACUCAAUGAUCAAGUCGUUUUUGAUGAUGUUAUUCCACUUAAACCAGGGGAAGAAGUUCGAACUAUGACUGUGGAUCAUGUAAAAAACACGUUUUGGAUUUACACCGAUUCUUCUAUAUUUGAACUUAUUGUUUCCAAGGAAGAUCGAGAUGUAUGGAAGUUAUAUUUGGAAAAACAACAGUUUGAUACGGCAUUACAAUACUGCAAAAAUCCAGCACAACGUGACAAGGUUCUUACAACUCAAGCCGAACAUUAUUUUUCACAAAAACGUUAUCUAUUAUCAGCUUCAUAUUAUGCAGAAUCGACCGUGCCUUUUGAGGAAGUUGCACUUAAAUUUGUUGAGCGAGACGAGAGAGAUGCUUUAAAAAAAUACUUAUUGAACAAACUUGAUAAACUUCGAAGACAGGAUAAAACUCAAAAGACUAUGAUUGCUACUUGGCUAGUUGAAAUAUAUCUAAGCAAAAUUAAUACAUUGGAAGAUCUGGCAGCAUCAAGUGCUGGCUCUGAUGAUAUAGACAAUUUUAAAGCAGAACAAAAGGACUUAGAAGAUGAAUUCAAAGGAUUUCUUGAACAAUACAAGGCCGAUUUAGAUAAGAAGACAACGUAUAAUUUAAUUUCCAGCCAUGGGCGCACAGAUGAAUUAUUAUGCUACGCAUCAUUGAUAGGUGACUACGAGAAAGUAAUAUCACAUUGGAUUCAAGAAGGAAAUUAUAAACAAGCACUGGAUGUUCUUAGUAAACAGGCUUCUGUUGAUACGUUCUAUAAAUUUGCUCUUGUAUUGAUGGAAAAUGCACCUAGUGAUACUGUUGUUGUUUGGAUGCGACAACCGAACCUCAAUCCAAGAAACUUGAUGCCUGCCUUAUUAAAGUAUGAUCAUUCAAAAGCUCCAGAAAACACUACACAAAAUCAAGCAAUAAGAUAUUUACAGUACGUAGUGCAACAACAAAAAAAUACAGAUCCAGCUAUUCACAAUUUUCUUCUCACGUUGUAUGCAACACAAUCUACAAAUGAUGAGUCUGCUUUACUUCAAUUUUUGGCAUCGGAAGGACGAGAACCAUACUAUAAUUUGGAUUAUGCGCUUCGACUUUGUAGCCAAAAUAGAAGAACGCAAAGUUGUGUACAUAUAUAUAGCAACAUGGGACUUUAUGAAGAGGCUGUUGAUUUGGCAUUGAAGCAUGAUGACCUGGAACUUGCAAGAAUUAAUGCUGACAAACCAGAGGAUGAUGACGCGUUACGUAAGAAACUUUGGUUGAAAAUUGCGCGUCAUGUAGUUGAAAAGAAACAAGAAAUAAAAACAGCCAUGGAUUAUCUCCAGCAUUGCGACUUGCUUAAAAUUGAAGAUAUUUUACCAUUCUUCCCCGAUUUUGUUCUUAUAGAUGAUUUUAAGGAUGAGAUAUGUGCGGCUCUUGAGGAAUAUAAUUUAAAUAUCGAAGAAUUAAAAUCAGAAAUGGAUGAGGCAACCAAAAGUGCUGAGAGCAUUCGGCUUGAUAUACGAGAGUUAAGAUGCCGGUUUGCAGUCGUGACAACAGGGGAAAGGUGUUCAAUAUGCGAUUUAUCAUUAUUAACAAGACCAUUUUAUAUUUUCCCUUGUCAACAUGCUUUUCAUGCUGAAUGUAUGAUCAACCGAGUGACUAAUUAUCUUAGUAUGGGGCAAUUACUUCAUCUUUCGGAUUUACAACAAAAAAUAUCAAAGGAAUUGAAUAAUGUUAAUCAUCCACCUGAUCCAGCAGCUGCCACAUAUAAUGAAGAUGAUGUUGCUGUUUUUGUUCCAAAAAUUGAUCAAUUAAAGGAUGAGCUUGAUGAUUUAGUUGCAUCAGAAUGUAUACUUUGUGGGGAUAUGAUGAUCAAAACUAUUGAACAGCCAUUUAUAAAUGAUGAUGAAAAUGAUUUAUUGAAAUCAUGGGAAAUAUGAUUUAAAGUAUUACAUUAUUAAUUUAUAUCUUUUUGUAUAAUAAGAAUAAAGUGUUUUAUUUAUUUAUUUAUUGGAUUUAUGCCAUUUUCUGAUUAAAUGCAUAAUAAAGUUACUUAAUUAGCA